AUCCAGGGUACAGUAGAAGAGGGACCACUGCAGUAUCGAGUCUAUCGACAGCUUUUAUCCCGCUCCUGGGGUCUGCGUUUCUUCUGCAAAGAGAACACCGACUCGGACGGCCUUUCGCCAAAUAUCCUUCCAAACACCCACAGCCAAAAGUCUAGAAACUUAGAAACUCACAUUCAGAACCAUCCCUACGUAGUACUCUGCCAAAACGCUGAAGCGAAACCAUAGUACGCUAUGGAAAGCGUCGUCCCGCCGCCUGCGGAAAGCGCCGAGGAAAUAGCAUCACACCAGCCGCGUCUUCCAACGUCGGUGUCCAGAGACUCCCUGAUCGACUCGUACACUACCGAUGAAGGUAGCAUAGGCGCAGCCUCAGAUGCAGAUGACGACGACGAGGAUGGGGAGGUCGACCGGGAACUAGCCGAGGAAUGGACAGAGAUCGAAGACACUCUCCGGUCUCUCACUUCCAUCACGGCCAACUGGAGAAGUACACCUUCUCUUGGCAAAACGCUCAAAGCCGCCGCCGCCACUUCCAACGCAGACCGCCCGAAUUCGCCGGCAGUCCUCGGGCUAUCAAAGAGCACAACGGCACUGCCAACUCCACCUCGCUCUCCUGGCUCUGGGUCCGUAUCCUCAGUUUCCAAGGCAGCCCACAACACCGAUCGCGAUUCUAUCACCUCUGGAAGCACGAGUACGACGAGACUGUCUGCCACCCUCGAGGAACUCAAAGCGAUCAAUGCACGAGUGCGUGGCAUCAACGCUAGUCACAGACUUUCCGACGCAUCGUCCAUCGCCAGUUCCGCUCAUACCGCCUUCAACGGUGACGAUAAUGAUAAUUCCCAUGUCGGACAUCCCCUCAGCCACCCCACGCCGCUUCACCACAGCCAAAAUCAUCAACACCAUCAACAUCCAUACAACAACGCCUUCAAAAGCCCCGCAUCGCCAUCCAUCCCCGAAGACCAACCUAUGCAGGUCCUCCGCCAGAUUCAGAUACACCAGCGCAGCGGCAGUCACUCCAGCGAAGCCACCGCCACGAGCUUACUAGAGGACAUUGCUAAGCGAGGCAGUGCAGGCACGUUUGGCUCGUUCACCAGAAAGUUCAAAGCGGGACCUGGAAUGGCGCGAGAGUCGUCCGCCCGUGGAAGCGGCGGCGUUAGCAUUGUCAGCAGUGGGCAUAGCCAUACGGGCGCGGCGAGGGUGUCGAGCACCUCCUCGGCCUCUACGGGGCACACUUGUCGGAACUCGAGGGAGAUGAGUGGGGCUUUGGGAGAUCAACCACGGCAAUUGGCAGCGAACCACAGAAGAACGGGGUCAUAUUCGACAGCAAAUGAACAUGCAGUUCUGCACACUGCGGCACCACCCUCCGCAUCGUCAGAAGGCAGAUCGGGUCCUCCAAACAUACCUCUCCCGUCGCCAGCGCCGGCGCCAGCGGCACCUUCGGAAAUCAACAGCAGCACGCGGCUAUCCUCAACAGAUAAAGCCCCCUCACAGCGCGAGCUGCCACCACCCACACCCAUGCCAACAACCCCAGCCGACCAACCCGCCUCCACCGGCAUCACCCGCCGCAACACAACAACAACAUCCACCCAGCCGCAACGUACCCACCACCGCACAGCCAGCACCUUCAGCGCGUCCUACACCCCCGUCAUGGACCUCAUCACCACCGCCCUCCCGGCCCUCGACACCCGCUACAGCGGCUACCUCCACGCCACCAAAACAAAACCCGGUGCAUUCUUCCGAUUCUGGAAACGGAGGUACUGCGUCCUUACACCCCAAUCGGCGUAUAUCUACCGUGAGCAGCCUUCACCCUCUGCUAUGAUGGUUGUCACCACUGGCGCGAAUCACACUGCGAGUGCGAGUGGGAAGGGGAAAGAUAGUCAACCCCCCCGCUACGUCCUCUUAAUAAACACCAAAGCCGAGCUCCGCAUAACCACCCGCGACGGACCCGGCGGCGCGCGCAAAAAAACAGAGGUGGGCUUCAGUCUCCGCUCAAUCAUCCCCGGCCCGGCGAAUAAAGAGAAGACGAUGUAUUUUUCGACGGAUGAUUUGGGCUGGAUCCAUGCGGUUGAGGGCAUCCUUGCGGAGAUGCGGGAGAGCGCGAAGGUGCCGCCUGUGCCGCGUGUGAGGGAUUCGGUUAGGUCGACGGUGUCGAAUGCGACCAUCGUGCCGGCUAAGGUUGCGCCGCCUUUGCCUUCACCUACCACCACCAACAGCAAUAAUAAUACAGCGGUAAAUGCGCCGGCAACAACGCCAUCACAGACCUCAUACCCCCGCUCGAUCCUCCGCACACAGAGCAGCAGCGCCGCCCGCAGGGCCGCACACGACAGCGCAACGUCGUUGAGCACGGUUGCGUCGACUGUGACGGAUGCUUCGAGGCCGUUUUCGGCGUCUACGCAGAGUUUGCAAUCACCUUUGCAGCCUCCCCAACACCAUCAACAACAGCAACAUUCGAUUUACGCCCUCCCCAACAGAUCAAACUACUCCGCCCCCGCCCUUCCCCUCCAAAACCAGCACCCGACACAUCUGAACCGCAUCCUCUCCCCGCAACCCAUCGAGCCCGUCCCCGUCGCGCGUCGACGGGGCAACAGCAUACAUCAUAGUGCACACCUCGACCCAAGCGCGUAUGGCCGCCGCGCAUCACAGACAUCGACGGUAUCGGACGCCUCGGCGAUGCAGGAGGAGAGACGGGGUAGUACCGCCACAACCAACACCUACGUCAACCCUCCGCAUGAUAUCAACACUGGGCUGAGGCCGAUGGGGCAGUAUGUCGGAACGGCGCAUGCGCAGUCGACCCCGCAUUUGCCGGGUGGCUAUCACCGGGGGAGUUCAAAUGUGAACGGGAGUGUGGGUCAGAGGGGACAGUUGCAGCUGACACGCGCACCCUCGGACGCCUCCGGCAUGCGCAGCCGCCGGAGGGAUACGCCGGUUGUGGGGUGGAGGGUUGCGGAGGGGUAUGGGGCUAUGCCCGGCAUGCCCAAUCCUUCCGAUGUUCCUAUAUCCUCCGGGGUGAAUGGGACGGGGGAGCAGGGAGAGCGGACGCUACGACAGGCCAAGUCGGCGACGGAUUUGUAUAGAGGACGGCCGAGUUGGGAGAGGGUCGGGGGGAUGAUGCCGCCGAUGCCGGGGAGGGACGGGCAGCAGGGGGACCGGCAGGGGAGGAGGGGUGGUGUGGCGGUUUUCGAUUAGGGGCUGGACUUACGGACCGCUGGUGGUCGUACGCACCGACGUAGUCACUGGGCAUGACUGGACCGAACUGCAACGGCAUCGCCGUACCGCGGAUGGCCGCGACCGCCACGGUAUAGCCAUCAUACCGCUGAACACGCACAUCGACGAUACGAAUUUUGUGCCCCGCAAAAACAGCACGGACAUGCACUCCGGACAUUUCAUCCCCCACCUCCCCCCGUUGCUUCACGGCGUACGAUUUGAGCAAGGCAGGCCCUUGCUCGUUUUCAAAACUUUGUUUCGUGACAUUUCCUUUUUUUUUCUUUAGAGACGAUGACAUUCUUUUACCC